AUGGAAGAAUUGGUAGAAGAAGAUCGCGUAGGGAGGAGGAAGCCGCGCGCCUCCUCAAAGGCGACCCGGACUUACAUCCAUCGUAACCGGGAGGAAGUCGCCGUAAGGUUGGAACGUGAUUACUUCGAUCGGAACCGGUAUGGGGAGAUAUCUCUUACGUCGCUAUUUCCGUAUGUCACGCGUCUAUUUUUGCAUAUCGCGAAUACAUUGGCGGCCGGGAAGAGUACUUCGGAGAAGGGGUUCAACGUUGUUGGCCGUCCUAGCCACACGACGCUCAAAAAAUGUAUUGCGGCGAUCCGUCGGCUUGCUACGACAACGGGAUUUGUUCGACGAAUACACGCACGUCGGAGAAUCCAAUGGGAGACUUUGUUUGAUGAACUUCUGCAAAGGCGUCCGGCAGCCUUCACCGAUGAAUUUCCAAGAAGCCAACCACCGCAAAUUGUCGUUCGCUCCAACUUCACGAACAAGUGCACGGAUUCCCGGAUGCUCGGGAGUGUCGAUUGCUUGCAUUGGCAAUGGAAGAAUUGCCCCGUGGCGUGGGGGGGUCAUACACGAUCGGCCUCAAAGGCACCCACCCCACUGUUAUACUCGAGGUCGUCGCCGACUACGGCUAUGGAUUUGGCAUGCAUAUUUGGGGCCCCCGGCUCGAACAACGACGUCAACGUGCUCAACAAUUCCGACCUCUUCGACGAAGUUCGAAUGUGGACAACCUUCGUGAAGACGUUCACAGCCCCCGCGAAGAAAACAGACUCUUUUGCGUAG